AUGGCUCGGUGGUUUCGCAAGAUCAAGUAUGUUCUCACUGUGGUGUUCAGUUCCCUGGCACUGACGGUUCCACUUUUUUGGAAUCUCCAGCAGCACUCCUCCGUAAUGAAUACCUUGAGUCCAAAAGAACAUCAUGGUUCUCAUCAUAGCGAUGCUCCCGUCAUUCGUCCCAAAAGGAGUUCCCAGGAAACAACCAUGGACAAACAAACUAUGGUGGCCACCACGAAGACUUCUCAAGUACCACAAAAACAGCAAGUCCGAAAAGAAGGAAACGACAAGAUACCUGUCCUGAAGAAUUUGGCCUGGAAAAAGUUGGACAACGAUCAGGAGCAAAGGCGGACUAGCAGCGGUGGCAUAAAAUCAACAGCAAGAAACGACAGGUUGGAAAAAGAUCAAGCAGCCAGUAAGCAGAGCAGGAAGAUUACCAAUGCAAUCAAAGGAGAUAGGAAGGAGCGGCCUCGCGAGGAUACUGCUCCCAGUAUGACUACCAAGAAUAAUGGGAUGGAUUCAGCCUCAAAACCAAACAAGCUCUCCACAAAUAAUAUGAAUUCAGUGGAAUUAGAGCCCACAACAACAACAAAGACAAAUGAGGAAAUGACGGAUGAGCACGCCUCGGUUCGAUACACAGGUCAAGAAUUUUUAGUAUGGACAGUUUUCAACGAAGUCAUUGGCAUUCUACAUGAAAACCAGGUAGAUUACUUUCUCAUGGCAGGAUCCUUGUUGGGAUUUGCCAGGAUCCACGAUGACAACCCAAGCAACAUUGGAUGGCUCGAUUCAGAUAUUGACUUGGCAGUUUCGACAUCCUGGAUGGCCAAUGACGACAAUUUGCAAAUGCUCCACCAAGAAUUCGAGGUGGCUGGGUUUGUCUUGCACAAAGAUUAUCCAGGAGGCGACGGGACCCGGUCCGUGGGAUCCUUGGGAGGUGCGAGGGUCUAUCGAAAAGAGGACGUUGAGGUCGAGUUGGUGGCCACGGAUGUGGUGCAACACGAAAUCCAGUACUUUGUCAAUGGCUUUCGACAUGAACACUACCAUGUAGUAUGCCCCAAACGAUUUGAGAGCAUUGAAUCUCGGCCGUGGGGAUCCUCUCUUUCGGUACGAGUACCCAUGCCCUAUCAUUUAGUGUUGCAAGCAACCUAUGGUGACAACUACGAUCGAAAAGAUCAGCAACGAAACGAAUUUGAAGCCUCGCGCAUGGCCAAUGCCAUGGCCAAUCAGAACUGCCUCAUUGUUCAAAACGCCAACAGUACAACAACUACAACAAAGCAAGUCGUCCGUGGGAUUGUGACGUGUCUAACAAGCCGACAGUCCAUGGCUGAUGGGCUUGUUCUUGUCAAGACCAUGGAGGAUCAAUGGAAAGUUUCCUCCUCCUCUCCUGGUGCAGUAGUGGAACUGUAUCACAUGGGUAUCCUCAGUUAUCAUCUACAGGCCCGACUGGAGCUCUACCCCUUUGUAAGAGUCAUCAAUCUAUUGACGAUGGCACCAUCGACAGCAAUACCCGUAGGUGAUGUCAAGGAUGGGGACGAUGCUAUCAAGUGUCAAGUUCAGGCACUCCAAACAACCAAGUUACGACACGUCUUGCUGGUUUCAAAUCCAUCCAUACAAUUCCUGUUCCAUCCUGGUGCCAUUCUCCAUACAACUCAGUACGUGCACGAGCAAGAUCGAACAUGCCAGAAGAAACUAUCCGAUGGAUCCGGCACGUGUGUCACUCUGGUGGAGCCAGAGCUCGAUUUUGCACUGCUCAAUGCCACGAAGAAUACAAGCAAGCGAAUUCGGAUCGUGCGAGGCUAUCCGCGCCACUCGAGUUCCACCAUCCAAAUGAUGAACCAAUACGCGGCAGCUCAUGUGCACCAAAUCAGCCCCGGCUUGGGACUUUGGCUGCACCCGACAACCCAUUUUGCACCCACAACCUUGGCGGUUGGCGGUAACGUCUCCUUGGUUUUUCCUCAGAAAACGCCAGCAGAAAAUCAAUCAACUCCAUCCGCUUAUCAACAUGUAUUGGAAUCCUACUGGCAUAGUCUUGUAGAAGCCAGACAGUUCCUUCUGAUGGAUCGGCCCAUUGAGUGGGUAGCUUCCGAUGGAGGACUCUUUUGGCAGUUUUCAACGUUGUAUUCUCGAAAAGCUACCAACCAAUCGCACUAUGUUGGUGCUCUAGUUCAAACAAUCGAUCUUACCAUCUCGUCGGAUCAAGAGUUGUUUGUAACUUACAGUGAUGAACAGUUUACCGCGUUGCCGUUCCAAGGGAAUAACCUUGCAAGGCGAGUCUCAAACGCAACGGCUAAGGAGAUUAAAAACUGGACCAUUCCAUGCCUUUCGGAAAAGACCAUUAAAAAAUGGCUGUACGACAAUCCGUACCUUGUUCUUCAAUGCCAAACGGAAAAGAUUGCCAAAAUGGAUGACUUUAUCAUUUAUUCGAUUGACAGGGAAGUCACGUACAACUUGAAGGGUCCGUCGCCAAAGCUGCAAAUUGAACAGGCUGAGCGGAUUGCCGACACCUUUCAGGAGUGGGACGACGUUCUAUUGGCAAAUGGGCAAGUCUCGGUUCGAUUUCACUACAUCAAGAACACAAGAGAUAAGCUGGUGAUUCCCCACGUCCUUCCAGACUUUGCAGUGAGGGCGCUGAGGUCGGAAAAGAAGCUGAGGGAUCUGCCUUACUACUUGACAGCUCCAUCAACGAUUGCCUGCAAACAGCUUUUGGAUUGGCUACAUAACCAGGUUGGCUUUGGCAAUAAGAAUGUGCUGGGUUGCUACAUCCACAUGAAUGACCGGAAUAUGGCAAUUUCUUGGUCUGUCUUCCAAUCCAAGAACGCGGUUUCGGUCAACGUUGGACGGUUUCCGUCGCAAAAGAAGAGGUCGCUUCCUGCUGCAAAAGUAAUAUGCGAAGUCCCGACCCCAGGACAGUCAACAUCCAUAAAUCGUACCUUUUGGCAAAUGAAGCACAUUGAAUGCAUCGAAGAAGGCUUUGAAUUCAUCGCGCAUCCAUGGCGGAUACCCAUGGCUGCAGAUUUUUCUCCCUUACCAUCCGGAUUCGAGUCCUUUGCCACUGCUAUUGAGUCCCAGUUGAAGGAAACCAUCAUACCAUCUCGCUUGCAAGACACCAUGAACUCUAACGCGACAACACGCCCAACUUGGUCAAAAUACAUAUCCCAUUGGGGAUUCACUCAUCUGUCAGACUGGGACAAUCGACAGGAAGUUUGGUUCGAAGGGGAUGUGCAAGCAAAGAGAUCCAUGUCGUCAGAUGAGGAUUCUGCAGUAUUCCGUUGCAUCACCAAGGUGCUAGUCACCAUGCUGCUUCUUCGACUUCAAGAGUUGGGGCUCAUGAGUCUGGACGACCGCGUACCAACUGGACAGGAGUCUAGCAGCACUCCAACAUGGCGAAACAUAUUAUCAAAUACAGCCGGUGCUGACCAGCGUUUCCACUACGACAACGACCCAUGGAAAGAUGUGCCCGCGGCCGUCGAAAAGGCAUGUUCCGGUCUGAACUUUACCUACGCCAUCAACCACUACGUGUUGGAACCGAUGGGAAUUGUAGGGAAGUUUGACGUGGACACGAUCUAUCCACCCUAUGCCGCUCGCGGUUUUGUUGGGCCGCUGGAAGACUUAAUGCUCAUCGGAGCAACUUUGACAUUGGGGGGUCUUUCGCCGAAAACGAGGCAACGGGUCUUGGCCUUCGAAAGUGUGCAACAACUACUCAACAAAACAACUUCGUCCCAGGCAUUUCAGGAUCCAGUUCAAAAGAUCCAAAAGGAAGCGUUUGUCAACGACACAGUCGUCCAUAACAUGAAGCAUCGAUUUCGAGAUGCGCGAUACUCGAGGAGCACUUUCACAGUUCCGACGCAUGUCAUGGACGGCUACGCGCUGGGUCUUUGGUGUGUUUUGGGAUGGCGGCGUACUCGGCAAGGCGAAGCCAUACGAGGAUGGGUAGCCUUGGGGAGCAGCGAAGCUUUAGUGUACUUCGACACUACGGGGUUUGUUUUCGCGUUCCAUUCACCAACCCGUGUCCUUGGAUUUGAGUUGACGACGGCAUUUGCAUCCAUGGUGUCGGAUACUGGAGAUUUGCUGUUGACUUUUCAGGAAGAAUUGAUGAAGCGAAGCGAUGCCGACAACGUCAAAAACGCCGUCGCGACGAAUUCCUAG